AUGACUUGGAUGCUUCAACAUCUUCCUCUGGUUGGAUUAUUAUGCGUGCUUUGUGUUCACUGCACACCCAUGUACUCACGCGAGCCGAUUUUCCAGAACGAGCUGGCACCUUCGCUUGUCCUGGACCGUAUUAACGAUUUGAGAGAUUCUAUUGAAAAGCUGCAACAAAUGAAUAGCCGCGUCCGUUGCCAAAUAAAAGAGCUGGAAAAUGCUGGAGUACGUGCAAAACGUGAUGUGGGCCCAGCGCAACGGCUAAACGACAUUAUUGACGUCUUGCGAUUCUCCCAUAUGCCUGAUAAGAACGCUGAUUGCUAA